GAAAUUGCACUAUCACUACGUAAUAAAGUUACUGCAUGUUAUAGUCGGUCAAUAUUAAAAUUAAACGAGACGUAAUACAAACUAGCAGUUUUUAGUUAAUUGGUUUUGUAGUUGAAUUAAGAGUGUGAAUUUAGAAACCUUCAUAGUAUUAAAAAAUUGCGUCGCGGCGGUCGUGGCGCAAUGCAGUGUAUGUUUGGAUGCGGAUACGUAUUGUGCUAUUUAAAAUUAAUCCUGGGAUAUAUUCCUUUAUUAAAUAGUGGCAGUGAACGUUUGAGUGUGUCUUAGCCAUGCUGCCCAUGGUACAAACAGAACCUGUGCUAUUCAAUUGCGGGGUUCAUUCGGUCAAUGUGGCCGCUUCUCCUCCGGCCACAUUGCCACCCUCGCUUACACCGGAUUCGGAAGUGGACGAACUAGUCGACAUCUUCUUCGACGUUGAUGUUGCUGUUAACACCGUGUCGAGAAUUGAAUCCUGUGACCUCCAACUGGGAGACACAUGGAGGGGGAUGCAAGGCAAGAUGAGCGUGCCAGCGCCGGUUAAGAAGAUAAGAAAAAAGUCAGACAAUAAGCCACAAUCUCAAAUAAAUAAGUGUCACAACGAGAAGAAGCGACGGGAGCUCGAAAACGCUACCAUAAAUCAACUUGAAGAACUUUUGAGUACCUGUCUUGCUGAAGUAAAGCAGCCAGAUAAGAACGGCAUCGUAAGCGAGGCCACUCGGCAGAUCGAGGAGGUGCUGCGGCGCAGGAAGGAGUGUCCCGAGGAGUGCCCGCUCCGCGCCGCCCAGGGCCGCUCGCCCGUGCAGGCUGGCGAGGUUAGCUCCACCCAGCCGUCCUGCGCUGGAUUACAUUACUCGGAGACCAACUCGCUAAUCGAGGCUCUCAAGCAUUACACUGGCACCCUCGGGUGGGUUUUAUUGGAAAUAAACUCAAAGGCUGAAAUAGUAUGUAUAACCGAAAAUAUUAAGGAGCUCACUCUGCAGGACAGAACUGAGUUAUACAAGAAAUCAAUAUUCUCGCUUUUGCAUAGCAAAGAUCAUGCAAAAUUGAAGCCACUGUUAAGAAAUACACAAAACUUUAAUUGGGGUGCGUCAGAAAUUAAAUCUGGACAAGAGAAGUUUCAAGCUAUACAGGCUCGUCUUCUUGUCAAGAACUCCAAUGGGACUGACAGUACUGGGUACGUGGACUGCGUGAUCCAGGCUGCGGCAGUGCGCAGCUCGUCCUCGGAGGAGGCCGGCGCCGUCAUGUGCGUCAUCCGGCGCUGCGAGGACGCGUCGGCCGCACUUCUCCCAGGCGACGGCGGCCCGCCCGCCAGCACCGCCAAGCCUUCUGAUCACAUCGUCUUCAGAUUGGAUUGCAACUUCAUCAUUUUACUUUGUGAUUUAAGAGGAGUGGAAAAUUUAAUGAACACUGCUGUACCCCUAGUGGGUACACGUUAUUUGGAACUUGUUGAGAAUAGUGAUCGUAUUCGUGUAGCCGCGCACUUGCAGGAGGCUACGUGUCUUCCCGCGCCGCCAGCGAUCAGUGAACCUUUUCGCAUACGUAUUGCCCCAGACAGACCUUGCUUUAGAGUUAUAGCACAGUCGCGUCUUUUUAGAGCAAAACCGUCGUCGGGUGAACCGGAUUUUAUAAUGUCCACGCAUACAGUGCUUAACGACGACGAAAUGGAUCUUUUGGAAACAGAUGGUCCUCGACCUCCUGUCGGUGGUCCACUCAUGACGUCCGUCGCUAACGGGGAAUCUUCUUCUUGUGAACCCCGAUAUCAGUCUUCGAUAAGUCCUAACGACGGCACGUUCUUAAGCGAGUUCGACCUCGAACCCUGGGCGUCUUCUCUGCUCGAUAUGCCCAGCGAAGAUACUAAAGAACGUAAGGAAAGUAUCGAAGGACCCUCGCAGCCUCCGACGCCGCGAGCGCCUUCGACUCCGGGCGAAGGGCCGCCCUCGAAUCAGCCGGCCGAGGAACCGAAUAGACUUCGGACGCUCCUCAGCAAGAAGCCGAUGCCGGCGAACGACAACAACGUGAACUCGAACAACCGCAUCCUCAAGGACCUGCUGAAGCAGGAGGACGAGGACGCCACGGGCAGCGAGACCUCGGCGCCACACACGCCACACACGCCGCACACGCCCCACACGCCGCACACGCCGCACACGCCCAGCGCCGCGCUGUCGCCGCUGCAGUCGGCGCCCGCGCACCCGCGCGCGCCGCUCGCGCCGCACGCCGCGCACGCCGCGCACCCGCCGCACCCCGCGCACCCCGCGCACUCGCUGCAGCAGGCGCACCACAACAACUCCGACGUCCUGCUCAGGAUAUUAAACGAUAAAUCUGACGAGGAUGCGGAGGAUAACAGAAGAAAUUCUGCAGACGGGAGUAGGGGUGUUUCUCAACCUAGUGCACUGUUGUCCCAAUUACUUUCAAGUAGUAAUGGACCGUCUGGAAAUGGACGACAACAGGAAAGCAGUGACAAUUAUCUUGAAAGAAUUGCCGGAGUGAAACGCAAGUUCGAAGAAGCUAAAGGAGUAGCAAAUAACUCUAAAAGAGCCACGCCUGAAAACCAACAGGUCACAUCGAGUGCUCUUCCCGCGUCAUCAACGACGUCUUCGACGGCGACGAGUCCAGCGAGCAGUAGCAGCCCCGGCAUGAGCUCGCUGUGCCGCAAGAACCAGAUCCUGGUGUCUUUGCUCGCCCGGCAGCAGUCCUCGCCCACCACGCCCCUCCCCCUGCCCCACCCCAACCUGCGCUACGGGCCCACCGUCCGCCCGCGCGCCCCGCCCCCGCCUCAGAUGCCGCCGCAGCGACAUCACCACUCCACGCUCUCCAACAUACUCACCGGCACCAACCACCGUGCCAAUAACAUGAACGGUGGCGGUGGUGUGUCGUCUGUGAGCGCGGAAGGUCCGGCGGUGAGCAUGGGCAGCUCCAGCCACCUGCAGAUGGUGCUGCAGGGCGGCGGCCUGGCGGGCGGCGCGCGCUACCCCGCGCCCCCGCCGCACCCCCUGCACUACUCCGCGCCCGCUCCCGCGCCCGCACCUGCGCCUCUCUACAACAACCAGGCCACGAGUGGUAACCCGCGGCCGCAAGGUGGGAGUGGUAGUGGCGACAGUGAGGUGCCCAGUGACCAGACGCUGUCCGACAUACUGGACGAGGUCAUUGACAACAUGCCGGACGCGGACCGACCGUCGUCCGACGUCAGUGGGCGGCAACGACAGGGCAUGAAAGAAAAGAACGCAAUGAUAAAUGCGAUCAGGCAGAGCCUGAUGCAGUACGAGGCCGUAGAGAAGAGCCCGGGCGGGUCGAGCCCGAGCGGCGGCAGCGCGGCGGGCGCGGUGAGCGCGGGCAGCGCGUACUCGGUGGCGAGCCCCGUGAGCCCCGGCUCGCCCGAGCUGCGCGAGCGCUGGCGGGCCGCGGCCGGGCCGGCGCCGCACUACGCGGACCCGGCGCGCGCGCGGGCGCUGGUGGAGCAGCAGCGCGCGCGCCUGCUGCAGCUGCAGCGCAGCCAGCAGAUGCUGGUCUCGCCUGAGGCCGCUGAGCAGCCCCAGGCCGACUUAGGCUCAACUAUCAACACUUUAGCACCUCCUAACGUAGCUUUAACACGAACGGACUAUCACCAUCAGAUAUAUCAUCAGAAUAAUCAAAUGGGUCCAAAUUAUGGUACAAAUAAAAUAAACACGUCUCAACAGAAUCCUAUGUUGAGUCGACAACUAAGUGUGUCGGGCGCGGGCUACUCGGCCGGCGCGUCCCUGCACACGCCGCCGGCGCCGCCCUACCACCGCGCGCCGCGCCCGCAUCUAGUGGGAGGCUACUACGAGGAGGGCGGCGCGGGCGCGGCCGGCUACUGCGCCGAGUACGCGCGCUGCGCGCCGCUGGGCCACGCUCCGCUCGCGCCGUUGCACCACGCGCCGCUCGCGCCGCACCCCCACGCCUCUCCGCUCGACCACCAGCACGCAUGUGCAGGUAACGGUGGUGGAGUGAGCGGUGCGGGUAACGUGGGCGGUGUGGGCGGCGUGGGCGGCGUGGGCGGCGUGGGCGGCGUGGGCGUGGUGGGCGGCAGCGCGGGCGGCGCGUCGGAGUUCGUGCGCAACGAGCUGCGCAACAUGGUGUCGCGCGCGCGCCCCGACCUGCACCCGCUGCAGCCGCCCGACAUGGACCCGCUCAUGAGCUUCGACAUGACUCCUCCGGGUGGCGGCAGUGUGGUGGGGGGCCGAGCGACCUCGGCGUCUACUAAUUCGUGGGAAUCGCAACAGAGCACCCCGAGUACUACGGAGGCGGGCUCGGCGGAGGCGGUGUCGGCGGCGGACGGUGAUGAGACGCGCGCGGGUGUGGCGGCGAGUAAGGCGUCGCUGCUGCAGAAGCUGCUGUCGCAGUGAAGUGCCCGCUGGCGCACUGGGCGCUGCGAGCGCUCCGGGUCUCGCUGAAGUUUGCAUUUAUUAAUUUCUCGCUUCAUCGGAUGGACGUUAACCGACGAUCCUUAGAUUCCAGCGUAACGAACGUCGUCGUUCCGAGUUACGGUCUACGUGGUACCUCUGCGGCUGUAAAUCUCACAAUCGUGAGACUAAUAUAGUACAUACGCGUAUUUAUAGACAUCUUUAAUGUAGUCUAGUAGUGCUAGUGAUGUUUUCGAGUUGUAUAAAAUCGUUUCGUUGAUGAUAUUUACUUCUAAGUUCGUUGAGAAACUUUAGGUAUGGUCUUUUAUAAAUAUUUAUCUAUGUAUUAUCUUUCAUUAUGCUCUAAUUUUUAACGAAAAACGAAUCGAUGCGAAAUUCGUAGCUUCCUGUGAUGGAGAAAAUAGUGAUUAAAAUAUCUUAUUAACUCGUACGCCCAGUACACACACACAUGUACAAUAGAAAUAUACCGCGUGCAAUAUUGUAUAGAAAUAUAAAAUACAUAUUUUGGCGUUGUGAACGUUGUGUAUUAUAGUAUGAAAGUCAGAUGUUACCUGUUAUGACAAAGUAAUUUGUAUUAUAGUAUAUGAUGACGAGACGUCGAGCGAAAUGGUUUCUCUUAUGGAGAAUAUUAUUUUUACGUGUAAAUAAUAUGUUGUUAAAUUAUAGCUGUUGCUUUAUUGUAAAUAUUUUGUUAA